UACCGCUUUUCUUCUCUUUGGUGCUCCAAAAAAGUGAGAUUCUCUCUAGCAAUGGCAUUUUCUUUUUCGUUUGCAAUUCUCUCGAAGCAUCGAAUCAUUAGAAAUACCAUACCAACACUGUGAUUGAUCAUUCAGAAAAAUGGGUUGCUCCCAAUCGAAAAUGGAGAAGGAGGAAGCAGUGGCGCGCUGCAAAGACCGCCACCACUUCAUGAAGGAGGCGGUUUCCGCCCGUAACGCCUUCGCCGCCGCACACUCUUCCUACGCCACCUACCUCAACAACACCGGCGCCGCCCUCACUGACUUCGCCGCCCAGUUCCCAGCCUCAGUCGCCGCCCCCGCUGCCGCAGCCAUAGCCACCAACAAAUCAUCUUACGAGAUUCCCCUGCCUCCUCCUCCGCUCCCUGAAUUCUCCGCCCCGCUCCACCGUUCUUCCACCAUGCCUGAAAUCACGUGGACCCGACACAAACCCGACCCGGUUGAAACCAUCACCGAGGAUGAGGAAGAUGUUGAAGAAGAAACUGGGCCUCCUUAUCAGCCAUCAAGUUAUCCAGUGCCGCAGGAACAGGACGCUGCUUGGGAGUGUUUGUUUCCGCCGGUGGAGAACAUUCCCGGAAGAGUUGAACGACGCCGUGCGAAGAAGGAGGUUGCUGCUUUGAAGAAGGGGAAGCAGGCAGUGGAAGGGAAGAGUAGUGUGAAAGUGAAACAGAGUGUGAAUCUCGUUGAGGUGUUCACUGAUUUGGAUGAUCAUUUUCUAAAGGCUUCUGAGGCUGCUCAUGAGGUUUCAAAGCUGCUUGAGGCCACUCGCCUCCACUAUCAAUCCAAUUUUGUUGAUAAGAGAGGGCACAUUGAUUACUCUGCCAGGGUGAUACGAGUAGUUACAUGGAAUCGGUCCUUUAUAGGAACACCCAAUAAUAAUGAUGUAAAAGAUGGUUUUAACUCGGAGGAGCAUGAAACUCUUGCUAUGGUCUUGGACAAGUUGCUAGUAUGGGAGAAAAAACUUCAUAAUGAAGUUAAGGCUGCUGAGUCAAAGAAAUUUGAGUAUCGAAGAAAGGUUACCGAGCUUAACAAGCUAAAGAAAAGAGGCACAAACUCUGAAGUAUUGGAGAGAGCAAAAGCAAUUAUCAAUCAUUUGCAUACAAGGUGCAUUGUAGAUAUGCAGUCUCUCGAAUCAACAAUCUCAGAGAUUAACCGUUUGCGUGAUCAGUUGUUGUACCCAAGACUUGUUCAAAUUGUUCACGAGAUGGCCACUAUGUGGGGAGUAAUGCAGGUCCAUCAUGAGGAACAAUUAAACAUUGUGAUGUUAUUGGGAUCUCUGGAUAUUUCCCAGUCUCCAACAGAAACAAGUGAACACCACCAUGAUAGAACAUACCAGUUAAUGAUUGUUGUGCAAGAGUGGCAGUCACAAUUUGACAAGUUAGUAAACAAUCAAAAGGAGUUCAUAAAGGCCCUAAACAAUUGGUUAGAACUGAAUCUUGUCCUCAUUGAGAGUAAUGAUAUGGGGGAAAAGCUUUCUUCAUCACCAAAUGUUAAAAGCCCUCCCAUACAAAUCAUUCUUCAUGCUUGGCAUGAUCAUCUAGAGAAACUUCCUGAAGAGCUUGCUAGGACAGCCAUAGCCAACUUUGCUGCUGCCAUAGAUACUAUUCUCCACGAGCAAGAAGAAGAAAUGGUUAUAAAGAGAAAGUGUGAGGAGACAAGAAAGGAAUAUGCACGCAAAAGUAGGCAAUUUAACGAGUGGGAGUACAAGUAUAAUCAAAAGAAAAGACCAGGUGAGUUAGGUCCAGAUCAGGCAGAAAAUAAUAAUGAUUCUGAUGAGAUUGUUAGAGAGAAACGACUUUUAGUUGAACUUCUGAAGAAGAGGUUGGAUGAGGAGGAAGAAGAUUAUGAGAGGCAGUGCCUACAUGUGAGGCAAAAAUCUUUGAGGAGUCUCCAAAAUCACUUGCCAAAGCUCUUUAAGGCUAUGUCAGAUUUUUCUCUUGAGUGUUCCAAGAUGUAUAGUGAAUUAAGUCUAUAUCGUAUAACUUAAAUGGUAAUGCCAAAACUUAAGCAAAACCAUUAACGUAUAUAAUGAUAUCAAAAGUCAAUUUUCCAGAAACAAGGUAAAAUGGAUUUGUACAGCUAAAUUCUUCACAACUUUUCUCAUGCAUGUGUUAUAGAGCAUUGCUCUACUCCUGCUAAGCAGGGUCGUGCGCAAUGUCGCAGCCCACUCAUUCGAAACUCAUUUUAGAGACAGAUUGGAGAUCUUUUAAAGGGUGCUUCAAAGAGCUUUAGGCUUCUACAGACAGAAAUAAGAAUCCUAAUACAAGUUUUUCAGCUAGGAGUCUGUAGAUCAUUGACUUGUGAAAACAGAGAUGUUAGUGAUGUUAGUAAAUUAGUCUUCCUCAGGGUUCGAAUCCUGGACCCUUCACCCUUUACCCUCCCAAACCCUUAUGUCCCCUAGCCAUGAUUGUGAUAUUAUUGUUUUUCAUGUAUAUGAUGAGUGAUUGGAAAAUGUGUUGUUGUGUACUUCUAUGACAUCUUGGUUUAUUCAAAGUCUCAUGAAGAGCACUUAGAUCAUUUGAGAGUCAUAACUCUUAGAGAACAAGAGCUUUAUACAAACUUAGAGAAGUAUUCCAUUUUCUUAGACUAUGUAGUCUUUCAUGGCUAUGUGAUUAGUUCUAAGGGAAUUCAACACCUGGGAAUGUGAGUGAGCUUCUAUAGGAGAUUUUUCAAAGACUUUAGUACCAUAGCAUCCCUUUACUUUAGUACACAACAUGGUCUCUAUUAUAAUUGUUAGCUUAUUGGUACAAGUUAUCUAAGUUACCAUACCACAACUUAACUUAAUGUACCUAAGAUCACACACCCAGUGCAUAUACACAAUACUUGUUCCCCCACGAAACCAAUGCACCAGGGCAGCACAGAUGUCCAAAAUUCUUGUAUGUAUGUAUAGGCUAUAGCUCACUUUAUGCAUAUUAGCAUGAUUAUGCAUAUUUCACCCCAGAACAAGAC